GUGCUAUGUUGUUAGUUAUCUGUCAGUGUCACUCGUCAAAAUAUUGUUGAAUUGAACAAAAUAAAUUAAUCUAAUUCAAGAAAGAUUUUUAUUAGUUGCUGUACGUUCUACAGAAGAAAUCUACUUAUUUGAGUAAAUUGAUAUAUAUAAAUUGUAAGGCAUCAUCAAUAUUCACUUUUAUAGCCGCAUCAAUUCCUCAACGUAGCUGACAUAAGAUAAUGUAAAAUUCUUGGAUUAUUUGUUGAAAUUGAAGUUUUUAAGGAAUACAUACAAUAAAUUGAGUUAACUGCGCCUUGCAAAGUUACCUCUUUUUAUACCGUAUAAUCGUGAAAUAGUCCUUAAAACGGCAGGACGAAGCAAUAUGCGUCGAGCCAGAGAUGGAGGAUAUCCAUAUCAACCAAUACCCAAACAGCCUACUGACGAUGUCUUCGAGCACGAAAAUGAGAGAAUGGCGGAAGAACUCGGUGGAAAAAUAAGCACUUUAAAACAUAUGUCCAUUGAGAUCGGAAAUGAAGUACGUUAUCAAGAUAAAAUAUUGAGAGGGUUAGAUGAUGAUGUCGAUAGAAGUUCAGGAUUUCUUGGCAAAACUAUGGGAAGAGUUUUAAAACUUGGUAAAGGCAAUCACAAUUAUUACAUAUUUUACUUAUUUUUAUUCUCUAUAUUUGUGUUUUUCUUGUUGUAUAUUGUAUUAAAAUUCAGGUGAUUUAAAAAGUGUCCAUUAUGAAUGACACAUUUUUUGUUAAAACUCCCUUCAAGAAGUUUAUUUAUUCCUUAUUCUGUUAAAUAAAUACAUGUAUAUUUGAUGAUCUUGUCUCAUUCAUUAAAAUCCAGUUUUUAGAAGUUAAUAAUCUUUGAAAACAGC